UUUACAUCCCAUGUGAAUUUCCUGUUUUUAAGCGGACCCAGCACUGAACUGCACAUUCAUCAAAAUAUCAGGACAAUGACUCAGUAGGCUGACUCGGAGCCGACUUGGGGGCCAGGCUGAGCCUCAGUGUGAUCUGGUCUCUUCCACAAGGGCAGCGCAGUCUCACUCCGGAGCGCCCUCCUCGCCUUUUUUCACCGCGCAGUGUACCUUUAAAAGGUUGAACUCGCCAGUGUACGAUCUGCGAGCACUGGAUUGUUUCCCCACUCGGCUCAGCUGUGUGUACCUUCCAGCAGUGACAUGGCAUAGAGACGCUGUGCUGUCAGCAGCAGCAGCAGCAGCAGCAUCCUGCACCAUGGACGCUCUCCGACAGCCGAAGCGGAGCGGAGCCUUCGCCGCGCUGGACACCAUGAUGCCCGUUUGGAUAUUACUGAGCGCGGUGUCAGGACUGAAGGCGGAGGACGGCGGAAUAGAAGAACUUGCCACCGAGAAGGAGGCUGAGGAAAGUCACCGACAGGACAGCGUUAAUUUGCUGACAUUCAUUUUACUGCUGACCUUAACGAUCCUCACCAUAUGGCUCUUCAAGCACAGACGGGUCCGUUUCCUCCACGAAACCGGACUGGCAAUGAUUUACGGUUUGCUGGUAGGUGUGAUUCUGCGGUACGGCAUCCCUGCCACCAGCUACCACAACAAGACACCCCCGAGCUGCUCACUGAAGGAAGGACCUGUCAGCACCCUGCUGCUUAAUGUCAGCGGCAAGUUCUUUGAGUACACCCUCAAAGGGGAGAUCAACUCCAGGGAGAUUAACAAUGUGGAGCAGAAUGAUAUGCUGCGCAAGGUGACGUUUGACCCUGAAGUAUUCUUCAACAUAUUGCUGCCUCCAAUCAUCUUCCACGCUGGGUACAGUCUGAAGAAGAGACACUUCUUCAGGAAUCUGGGCUCCAUUAUAACCUACGCGUUUCUUGGCACUGCCAUCUCAUGUUUUGUCAUUGGGAAUCUAAUGUACGGUGUGGUCAAACUGAUGCAAGUGGUUGGACAGCUGACUGACAAGUUCUACUAUACCGACUGCCUUUUUUUUGGUGCAAUAAUCUCUGCCACAGACCCAGUGACAGUGUUGGCCAUCUUUAAUGAGCUCCAUGCCGAUGGGGAUCUGUACGCUCUGCUGUUUGGGGAAAGCGUAAUGAAUGACGCAGUGGCCAUUGUGCUCUCCUCGUCUAUUGUGGCUUACCAGCCCACUGGAGCAAACACACACAUGUUUGACGCCUCAGCCUUUUUCAAGUCCGUGGGGGUUUUCCUGGGUAUUUUCAGUGGCUCCUUUGUGAUGGGUGCAGCCACAGGAGUCGUCACCGCUCUCGUCACCAAGUUCACUAAACUGCACUGUUUCCCGCUGCUGGAGACGGCCCUCUUCUUCCUCAUGUCCUGGAGCACCUUCCUGCUGGCUGAAGCCUGCGGGUUCACAGGCGUUGUGUCCGUGCUGUUCUGUGGCAUCACACAGGCUCACUACACCUACAACAACCUCUCUGCGGAGUCCACAAAACGCACCAAGCAGCUCUUUGAAGUCCUUCACUUCCUGGCUGAGAACUUCAUCUUCUCCUACAUGGGUCUGGCUCUGUUCACGUUCCAGAAUCACAUUUUCAGCCCUAUUUUCAUCAUCGGCGCUUUUAUUGCCAUAUUCAUUGGAAGAGCUUUCAACAUUUACCCGCUGUCCUUCCUUCUCAACCUCGGCAGAAGACACAAGAUCAAGGGAAACUUCCAGCACAUGAUGAUGUUUGCAGGUCUGCGCGGGGCGAUGGCGUUCGCUUUGGCCAUCCGGGACACGGCCACCUACGCCCGCCAGAUGAUGUUCACCACCACGCUGCUCAUUGUCUUCUUCACUGUCUGGGUGUUUGGUGGUGGGACGACGCCCAUGCUGUCCUGGCUACACAUCAGGGUUGGCGUGGACCCAGAUCAAGACCAGCAGCCCUGCGGAGACAGCUUCCAGGUCCUUCAGGGGGAUGGCUCCCAGGCUGAAGGACAGAGUAAAACCAAACAGGAGAGUGCGUGGCUCUUCAGACUGUGGUACACCUUUGAUCACAAUUACCUGAAGCCCAUUCUGACACACAGCGGUCCACCUCUCACCUCCACUCUGCCUGCAUACUGUGGGCCGCUGGCGAGCUGUCUGACCAGCCCCCAGGCGUACGAGAACCACGAGCAGCUGAGGGACCACGACUCUGACGUCCUCCGUAACGACAGCGACCUGACCUUCACGUUCGGCGACACUGCCAUCACAGCCAACGGGGCCUCAGGUGGUGGAGGGGAUGCGGCCGGCGGGUCGGGCUGGAGCGCGAAUGGCAAAAGGAGCGGCAGCACCUCCGAGGAGGCGCUGGAGCGUGAACUGGACUCCCGCGAGCAGGAGCUGCUGAGCCGCGGCACACGUCUGGUUUUCCCCAUCGAGGAUCACAUCUGACCCUCCAACCUCCAACCUCCCCGCCCUGACCCCCCCAGACCGCCUCGCCCUCGGCUCUCCUGUGGGCAGAGCGUCCAGUCCUUCAGAGAUAAGACAGAGAAGAGAAGUGGGAGUAGACAAGAGGGGAGGCUCUGAGCUCCCUCCAGGCCUGGGAGCAGAGCUCACUGAGCGUUUCAUCCUCAUUACAGAGCUGGAAUUUAUUCUCCAGGAGACAUGUGUCCUCCAGUCAGGAAAUCAACUCUCCAUGCUGAUUGUUUCCUCUGCAUAAACAGGAGGGAAAUCUUUAUGCAGGAUGAGAGGACAAAAAAAAUCAUCAUGCGAGAUUCAAUCUGCACUUUUGAGCAUGUGACACUGUGUUCAGCUGGAGUGGAAAACAAGAAGAAGAAAUGAAAAAUUGCCUGGCAGCCCUCUCUCAUCAUGUGAUCUGACCAGAUUCAGAGUGCAUCAGUGAACACUGAGAAAAGUGGCUUCUUCGCAAUCACACCCAUCUAGUUGCUGAGAUGACGCUACACUAACCAAACUGUAAUAGUUUAUAGAUCAGACAAGAGUUCUGUGGUAUAUUUGUACCAUUCAUCUGAAGCUGCUAAUAGGCCAGUGUUUGGUAUGUCUGUGAUGAUGAUGUCCCUUUGUUUCACACAAAAGCAUCUGUGUGUGGAGGAGACUGUGGCAUGUGAGGAGCUCAGAGAGGGACAGUGAGUGUGUGACCCUCUCAGCCGCCGCAGCCUCUCAUGGGUGAAGUAACAGGGGCGGAGAAUGUGAGCAUGUAAAUAGCAACAAUGCAGAGCUUUGUUCCUCUCGAGUGGGACCGCUUCUUUCAGUGCAUUACGUCCCAUGACUGUUACGAAUCUGUGUAUCUUGUCUCUGAACUGGAUCUUUUUUCUGUGUACAGGGCUGCUUUUCAUAACAAUCCCAUGAACGAGGAACUGAAGGAUUUUGAUGCUGAUUAUAUUGUUUCUUAUGAGAUAAAGCUGAUUUCCCACAACGUAAAAUAAUGAGCUGUGCACUGUAAUACGGUCAUGGAGUAAUUUCAACACUAUAAAAUAAAGAGAAGAGGCCAGUUGCACAAAACACCCUUAAGUCUUUUCCUUAAGGUUUCCUUUAAAUGUUUACUUAUGUAUUUAUGCUUUUCUCCAUGUCUAGGUCUUAUACUGAAGGCAUUACUAAAGACCUUAGCAACCAAAGCAAGCUAAAAAAAACCCUAAAGGUACCUCUGUCUCUAUCUUCACUGCAACACCAUCGAGUUUGUGGUGAUAAGUGAAAAAAACGAACACACUAGGAGAACCCAGUGGAUAUGCUUUUGAUUUUAGACCUUAGAUUUGACUGAAUUCAUUUUUGUUGCAGUUUCUUCCUACAAUUGUCUGGUAGUUGGGAUCAAAUUUACUUAGUAGUUUGUGCUUUCUAUGAUUGUAUCCCUCCAGAAGUUUAAUCUUUUCCUCCUCUGACCAGUAUCAUUCUUUUCUUCUGCCACUUUUCACCAUUGGCCAACUUUGUGAGACGAAAACAGGCGUCAAAAGCCCAAGCAAACAAAUAAUCUCCACGGAAACCUUACUGCUAUUAAAUCUCCUUCAAUGCAAUAAAUGAGUUAAUGUUUUUCCUUAACUAAGGAAACCUUUUAAGGGAUUCUGUGCAACUGUGUAAGCCCCUCAGCUAAAGAGAAAGUAAGCCUUAAGGAGAAAACUUAAGGUGUUUUGUGCUACCCAUCCUAGGCCUUCAUCGUAGUUUGUAACCCUUUGCAAAAAUUUUAUAUUAUAUACUUAUUUUAAAAAGAAUUAAAUGAUCAGAUGUAGAACUGCAACGAUUAGUCGAUAAAGUGAUGAGGUGAUGAACAGAAAAUUAGUCAGCAACUAUUUUGACCCAUCAAAUAAUCAUUUUAGUCUUUUUUUAAGCAAAAAAAGCCAAAUAUUUUCUGGUUUCAUGCCUCUUAAAUGUGACAAUUUGCUCAUUUUCUUUGUUUAACAUGAUAUUUAACUGAAUAGAUGUGGAGGUUUGGACUGUCCGUAGGAUAAAACAAACCAUUUCAAGACUAUUCCUUGAGCUGUGGCUGUCUUCUGAUAUUUUAUUCACAAAACGAUUGAUUGAUAACAAGAAUAACUGUUAUUUAUGGACCUAAUUAGAUGCAUCCUUUUAUGAUGGGCUGCAACUAAAAAUAAUUUGCAUUAUCAAGUAAUCUAUUGAUGAUUUUCUGGAUUAAUUGAUGAGUCAUAGUCUAUAAAAUGUCAGAUGAUCGUAACAAAUGAUAAAUCCCAAUUUACCAGAGCCCAAAGAAAUAUUUGCUUUGUCCAAAAUCCAAAAACAUUUAUAGGUUGCAAAGUACGUCUUCAAACUCCAUCAUUAAUUAGAUUUUUAAACUUAAAGUGUUCAAACUUCAAAUGCCAAAUAAAAGGGAACAGCCACUGAUACCAAAUGCUGACCAUGAGAGAUAAAAAAAAGGAAGUGCUUGCAUAUAAACUCACAGAGCAGCACUCAUAUCAGCAGUGAUCAUAUCAUUCAAAAUUGUCAUUGAUUAGAUAAUUUGCAGAAUAAAUGUCUCACAAAUCGUUCUUAAACCUUAGUUCAUCGGUUAACGUGAUAUUUUUUAACUUUUUAACGGACAUAGAUUCCUAAUUUGUGUUGUCCUGUUUGAAGCCUCGUUUUUUUUAAAGAUUAAGGUCACACUUCUCAGUUUACUUUUUCAUUUUCAAAAAAAAAAAAAAAAAAAAAAAAAUCAGAUGCAAAUCAUGAUGCUAUGCUUUUAAAUGUCUUUUGAUUAUAAUUAUGUGAAAGCAAUAGUUUCACAUUUUGGAAAAUACAAUUCAAAGACAGGGAAGCUUCUUUCUCACAUCUGUCUGUUAAAUAUGAAGCUACAGCUAACAAUUAUUUAGCUUAGCUUAGCUUAAUUCCACCAGAGCCUAUAAAACGAGCUAUAUUAAAUAUUAUAUUGAUCCUUUUUUAAAGUAGAAACAGACAACUUUUCCCCCUUAGUGUUUCCAACUGGUAUCAUUGUUGGUGCCGUUGUUUCAAAGAUAAUUGGAUCACUCUUGUUUACCUCAGAGCUGAGCUGCCAUCACAGUUACUUUGGUUGUUUCACCAUCUACCACUCCACUACUGGGGACAGUUACUGCAAAGAACUUACAGUGAUACUAGUAAAUAAUUGGAGAUAGCUACGGAUAGCUACUGGGGAAAAUUAAAGUGCUCUCCUUUUCCUGUUUUGGUUGCACAAUGGUUAACGCAUAUCAUUUGUACCAUAAAUGGAGCCUUCAUUUUCAGGGAGAUCGUACCUGUUGGCAGAUCGGCAUAAUGAAAGUGAGACUUUUAGGGAACGAAUGGUGUCAUUAUUCUAUAGCCAUUACAUUACACAAUCAACAUUUACUUCAUAGUGAUAAGUUAAAGAAAAAAAAUCAGCAACUUGUCUGUUCCCACUUAAGCUAAGUAUAAAAAACUUUUUUCAGGUAGUUAUUGGCUGGACUAUUUAAGAUACCAUUAGAUCAGGUUUUUUGCAGGUCCUCGUAAAAGUCAAAAAGCCAAUCAUUUAAAUUUUAGUCCUUAAAAUGUUCUUAGUAUGAUUUUGACAGGUCUUAAAAAUUGAUUGCAUCGUAAAGUUCAUGUUACUUUUAUAAAGCUGUGUUAACUUUUGGGAAACAAUUUGUAUUGAUCACAAUGUAACAAAACUACAAAACAAAACCAACAUGGAGCCGACAGCCACGGAUGCAAACUGCAGCUUGGUCAGAAUUUAUUAGGUAGCAUGGCGUGUCCUCCCGUAAAGCUACUUCUAGAAGUAGUAAGUUAUAAUUGUGUCUGUUAACUUUUUUCCCUCGUGUCCUUCUUUAUGCCAGUAUGGACAUGAAAUAGGUCUGGAUUUGCAUUUAUAAUGGUCUUAAAAAAGGUCUGUAAAAGUCUUAAAUUUAUUUGUUGAAACCCUGUCAGAUGAAGUUUAUUACAUUGGAACUAAACCAGGCUCGCUGUUGCUUCCUGUCUCCACCCUUUAUGCUAAGCUAAGCUAAUCAGCUGCUGGCUGUAGCUUUACAUUUACCGUACAGGCAUGAAGGUGACAUUCACCUUCUCAUGUAACUCUCUGCCAGUAAGCCUUUCCCAAAAUGUUGAACUGCUGCAGCUCAUUGUGCAGCUACAACACUUGACCUUCACAUUUAGGGCAGUCACUGCACAUAAAUAAUGGUAAUAUAGAGACUUCCCUAAGCUCUGAUGACAAGAAACCUGACCACACAUUUACCCAACAAGAAAUGGGAACACAUGUUGUUCUCUUAUUGAAAAAAUGAUGUUUUUUUGGUACCAUAUUCCUGCAUGUCAUCUCAGCGUCAAAUAGAGUCUUAUGUUCACAGCAGGUGUGACAUAUAUUGCAGCUUACAGUAUGACAUCAUCUCACCUGUGGCCCAGUUCCUCGCAGCGACUCAGAGCAGUUUUUAAUGAGAUAACUGACUCAUCUGCAACGUGCAAAUCCUCGAUAUGAGACUGUGACAUUUUCCACAACAGUGUACUGAACCUAACAGCUUCCUUCUGGUUGAUUUGCAUCACUCUACAUUAACUAUUAAUUAUUAAUACUGCAUCAAUUACUCUUUGGCGACCUUCUAAUCACAUUUCUACACUGUUUGUAGUGAACAUUUGGGGAUUCCUCCCACACAGCAGGAUUAGGAGGGGAAAUAUUUGGAUGUACUUCCCUCCUCUGGACAUGAUUUUCAGCUCUUAUCCCAUAAAUGUAAAUAAGGAGACAUAUCUGGGUUUACAGAGCCGGUGGAGGAGCCGUUUGAACCAACAACUCGUAUCCAAAAAUAGCAGGAGGUUUUGUCUGUUGUUUUAUUUUUCCGGAGCUCAACACAUUUUGUGUUCUCGUUCACCACCGCGUCUAGACAUCCGAACCGCUCCCCCCCGUUUUAAAUUCACCACACAGCACGUGUCGCCUUUUUGUGUUUCUCCUUCGACUGCACACAGGGCCUGCUGCAUUUAUGUAUGAGUACACGAGGGCAGGUGUGAAAGGCGCGAUUGUGUAAGGGGAGAAGCCUCACACAAGUUUUAUGGCUCGUUGGGGACCUCCGAAGAGGAAAUGAAUCUAGUUAUGUAAGCUGUUGCCAAGCUGUAUGCAGUGAGGGUGAUUUAAAUUCUAGCAGGAGUGAGAGAAGUAAUGUGGAGCCGUGCUCUGUGUCCAACAUCUCCUCUCACACUCUGAUGAUAGCGAAGUUUUUCUGUAUCUAGGGCAUUAAAAAAAAUACUCGCCACUUUGUUCUGUUACACUUGACGCUUACACCAUCUCGUCUGUGAUAUACAAAGGUCACACAGCAUCAUGCUACACCUUUACAUACAGUAUAACUUACAGCUGAUAUCAUGUUGUCUCUGAAAACAGACAAACUGUGACUUCUGAUCAAACCUGUUGAGACUGUCCUCAUAAUUCCGGCUUUAUCUACUAACAUCAGUGCAGAAAAAGACAGACCGAGAUUUCAUUUGUCACCACGUCUAGGACAAACUGUCUAGACAGUUAUUCUCUGAGACGUGGGAGCACUUUAUGGACAGCAACACCUUGGACGACUUAACUGGUGGCUGCAGGCAAAACAAACGAGCCGAGUUUGGCACUUUACCUCAAGCAGAGGACACUCGCGGGGCUCUUAUAUAACCUUCAUGUGCACUCUAUCCUCCAGACUGUUGUGCUGUCAGUUGUCUUGCUGGCUAUAUUUACAUGCUCUCUGUACCUGAGAAAUAUGAGAUGUAGCUCAAUUGUUAAUAUGUGCACCUGUUGUUUCUAGUAGCAACUGGCUGCCUGGUUCUACCUACCAUGAUUUGCAUGUCAACAUGUUAAUAAAAGUCGUCAAAUUA